AUGUUAUCGGGCUUAGAUUUCACUCGCGAUUUGACUCACUGGGUAGUAGUAGUUUAUGAACAAUUCGCCGGGAGCACCGUGGCUUGCAGCGGCUUGCGUGAGCCCCUUUGCGUGCCCCUCUCUGGCGUGCGUGGUUUUAGUGACGCAAUGCUGGACGCUAUGGAGAAGUCUGGAUGCCUGCGUUCGCAUUGGGGAUUUCAUGAUGACUAUGAGAAUCCUCUAACAAUGAUAGCCCAAAACACAUCGAUGUGA